CUGUCAUCGCCAGUCUUUCUCAGAGGUGGGAAGGCACUGCACGAUUUGAGCAGGAAAGGAAAGUGCGUAAGUUCAACGCCAUUUCCCCCCCGAUUCCCCCAACCUCCAGAGUGCAGAGAGUGUGCCUGGGGGGCACUUUAUGUAGUCAUGACCCCCCCCCCAAUUUUUUUUUUGGACUUCAAUGGCUGAGGCAAUGGAGCAACCGUCCUCCUUGGAGGAGGAUGUCAUGUCUCACAGUGAGGGGGUUGCUCCUCUCAGAACUCUGGCCUUAGUGGCAGGGGUCAUGUUACCUUCCCCUUCUGCGGGGAGGACUCCGACUCAGUUGGCAUCCAUGCAAUGGGGGGGGGGAUCAUCACAAGAAGACCAGGCAUCGUCAUGGUUCAAAGGAACGCUCUUCCUCAUCCAUGAUGGAGUGGAUUAGUAAGGCGAUGAUGAGGGAAGUGGGGGCCUCAUUGGCCAAGUGCGUAGCUCGCUCUCACAGGAAGAAACGGGCCAGACAUGGCAGGGUGCGCUCUCUGUCUUCAUCCUCUUCUAGCUCAGCUUCAUGGUCCUUCUCCUCUUCUGGCUGUAGUCCAGUUGCGACGAACAGCAGGACCAAGUGCAAAGACCACCACAGAUCUGGGGGGCAUGGCAAGGGGUGCUCUUCUGGGACCAGAAGUUCCUACAGAGAAGAGGGCCUUAGUCCAGAUUCCUUAGAGGCAGCUGGGCCUUUGGAUUCAGGUUUGGAAGAGUCAGAGAGGGACACAGUGAUGAAGGGGUAUUCCCUGGAGUUCUCAGCCAUUCUGGCAGAGAAGUGGAGAAUGGCUCCCACAGUGCAUGACCCGGAAAUAAGGCAGAGAACCCUGGACGCCAUAGCUCAUCUCAUUGACAUAGGCGCCACAGAGCAGGUGCCAACACUACAGUGUGGGUCCGUGGGUCUUCUCUGUCUUUUUUAUGGUGCCCAAAUGCAAUGGCGACCUCUGUGCCAUUUUGGACUUGAAGUUUCUGAACCGGUUCAUCCGGCCCAGGAAAUUAAAAAUGGAGACACUCCAGUCGAUUGCGGAGGCAAUUUAGCCCAGAGACUUCCUUGUCUCUGUAGACCUUACAGAGGUGUAUCUGCACGUUCUGAUUCUGCUGCAGCAUCGCCAGUAUCUGCACUUUGCACAUGGAGGGCAGCAAUUGCAGUACAGAGCUCUGCUGUUCGGUCUCUCUUCCUCUCCCAGAGUUUUCACGAAACUCAUGGCAGCAGUGGUGGGGCAUCUACGCACUCAGGCGGUACACAUGUACUCCUACUUGGAUGACCUUAUCUGGGCCCCAUCUCUUCAGAGAGCAAGGUGGGGCAUGGAGAGUACUAUCUGCUGUCUGGAUGCCCAUGGCUUCAUCGUCAGCAUGUCCAAGAGUCAUCUACUACUGAUGCAGCAUCUGCAACAUCUUGGGGUAGUGAUAGAUAAGGAGCAGGCCAAGUUGUUCUUGUCGGAGGACAGGAUAGCCAAUCUCCAGUGUCAACUUCUUACCUGUCUCAGCAGCAGUUGAGUUCCACUGAGCGACCUGGCCAAGCUCCAGGGCUCUAUGAUAGCAGCAAUCGACUCAGUACCCAAGACAUUGCAGUGGCUUCUACUGCCUUUCCAGGACAAAAUGGCUUGCCGGUGGACGGGUUCAGUUAUGGUCAGCAGAGAGGUGAAGGACUCUCUGCACUGGUGGCGCCACCUGCCCAACCUACAGAAGGGACUCUCACUCAGGAUUCCUUCAGUCACUGUUGUUACCAUGGAUGCCAGCCUCACAGGAUAGGGUGCUACAUGCCUGAAUCAAUUUGCACAGGGAACAUGGCAGGUGCAGGAGAGGGCGCAGUCCAUCAACUGGCUGGAACUCAGGGCAGUCAGACUGGCUGCCUAGCACUUCCUACACAUCCUGGCACAAGCGCAUGUGCUGAUCCGGACGGACAACGUCUCCACGAUGGCUCAUUUGAACCGUCAGGGCCCCCUCUGAGAUUGAGUAUUCUGCAGAAGUAAACCAGUCUCCUCUUCAGGUGGGCAGAGCAGCACCUAAUAUCCAUUGCGGCUGUUCAUCUGAAGGGGACACUGAAAACCCAGGCAAAUUGGCUCAGCAGAGAACAGGUGCAGCAGGGUAAUUGGGCUUUACACAGGGAGGUCUUUCAUCAGCUGGUACAGAGAUGGAGGACUCCUUGCAUAGAUCUCUUUGCAUCUGAGACGAACACACAGGUUGACAGCUUCAUGUCACAUUACUGGGAGCCCGAGGCUCAGAAAGCAGACACACUCUCUGCACCCUGGCCCUGGGGUCUUCUGUAUGCAUUUCCACCUCUGCCCCUCCUGACCAGGUUCUUACGCAGGCGUAGGGCUCUUUGAGCGCAGGCAGUGGUUAUAGCUCCCCUCUGGCCCAGACUUCCAUGGUUCUCUGACCUGGUGGACCUCAGCUCGGAACCGCCCUGGAGGCUCCCCCGGAGACAAGACCUUCUCUCCCAGGGACCCUUGCUCCACCCAGAUCCAGACUGGCUACAGCUUCAUGCAUGGAGAUUGAGCGGCGAUCAUUGAAAAGAGAGGGAUUCUCAGAUAGAGUCAUAGGCACUAUAUUGGCCUCAUGCAGGUCCUCCACACAGAGGAUUUAUGAGACCACGUGGAGAGCUUUCAAUUGGUGGCGCAGGCAUAAGCACCUGACGCACAGUGAGUGCCAUCUUAGGAUCAUCCUGGAUUUUCUGCAGGAUGGUCUGGAUCAGGGGUUGGCCCCUAGCAUGCUGAAGCGACAGGCAGUUGCGCUGGGAACUGUGUUUUCUCCUCUGGGAGGCUGUUCUUUAGCAUCCCACCCCAGGGUUAAACACUUUCUGAGGGGGGCAUCCAUCAUAUCUCCCCCCACUCUGCAUAGAUUUCCCUCUUGGGUUCUUCCCCUGGUACUUAGAGUUCUCUGUUCUUUGCCAUUUGAACCAGCUCACACAUUGUCUAUUAAGUUGCUCACCCUUAAGAGGGUGUUUUUGGUGGCGGUGACAUUGGCUCCGAGGGUGGGAGAGAUAGGAGCGCUCUCAGCCUGAGAGGAGCUUUGCACGUUCCACGCAGACAAAGUGGUGCUUUGGCCAGAUCCCACUUUUCUGCCCAGGGUGAAUUCAGUGUUCCACGGGGGCAGGACAUUUCCUUGGCUAACUUCUGUUCACACCCUAUAUAUCCUAGGGAAAAGGAAUGCCACAAACUGGACAUCAAGCGGAUACCCAAGAUCUACCUAGACAGGACAGAGUCUUUCCAAAAGAUGGAGUCCCUAUUUGUUUCCUUCAAAAAGGGGGCACAGGGACGGAAGGUGUCAUGCUCCACUAUCAGCAGAUGGGUCAGGGAGUGUGUGGCCAUGGCAUAUCAGGCGGCCGAGAGAUCUCUGCCAAGCGGCAUUACUGCUCACUCAGUCAGAGGAGCGGCUGCUACGGCCGCACUCCACAGGGAGGCUCCGUUGGAGGAGAUCUGUAAGGCAGCGACAUGGACACAACCAUCCACCUUCAUCAGGCACCACAAGAUGGAUAAGUUCGCCUCCGCCGAUGCAGCCUUCGGCAGGAGGGUUCUUCAGAGAGUAGUGGCCUAGCCCUGCAUCCCCCCCUAGAGAUGUGGGGUUCACUGCUUCGGUACAUCCCAUUCCUGUAUGCUCCACGACCCCACUGACCGAGAACGGAAAGUUGGACUUACUGUGAAGUGUCCUUCUGGUCAGCGGGGAGUGGAGCAUACAGUCCCAGCCUGCAGGGGUGGCUAGGCCAAGGGUAGGAAGGAUCUCCUGUUCGAGGUCCAUAGGCAAAUCGUGUUUGUGCGGAAACCCAGAUAGGAUGGGGAAGGCCUCCCAUGACAACCUGCACUGUCUGCUAUUAUUCCGUAUUCUUUUACUGUCCACGGUGUGCUCGUUGCACUAGUUUUUUAUGAUGUUUAGGUGGUUGGCCUCACCGGGUCAGCUUUAUCAUGACUGGCAGUUAGAGGGUGGUUCCCUCCCCUUCCGGCUGGCAACCGUCUAACGCUUUGUUAUAGUUUGACUCUGCCUACAGGAGGAGUUAACCAUUCCUGUAUGCUCCACUCCCUGCUGACCAACACUUCACGGAAAUUGUGACAGUGAGGAUGUUUGCAUGAUGUGCUGGAUCACACCAAUGCCCUUCAUGAACGGCAGUGUUGUGAUGAACGUGUUGGUGGAGAGCAAUGGCCUUGGUCUCCCUGUUGAUACAAAGAGCUUUUCCAUCAAUAUCAAUGGCUACGUGGGAUUCGUUCAAAAUGCGGUCAAAGUCAAGAUUGGAGAGAAGUUGAGCAGUUUGAGGAACGUCAUGUCUCUGACAGACCCGUCACGCCCCUUGUGGAGCACUUAUGCACAAACCCCUGUGCUCAUCCUUGGCGGAUUUCCCCGGAACAAGAUCACCUUCAUGUCUGACUCAGCGUUUGAAGAUUUCAUUCCAAUAGAGGUGGGCAUUGACAGCUGCUGGAUUGGCUCCCUGUCAUGCCCACAGAAGGUAUUCUCCUCUGCCAUUGUUGACAGCAUCUGUACAGAAAGCACCCUCUUCAUCCGACAGAACCAGCUAGUCUAUUACUUCACAGGAAAGUACCCAAUCUUGUUCGUGAACACAUCUGGGUCUGAACUCUGGACGCGCAUAUUGAACAACGUCUGUGUGAAAAAAUUAAACCCGGUAUUUUUUACGAAGAAUAACACCGAAUAUGUGAUUGUCCUCGGUGGUGGCUGGCAGGAAGGAGAAUUCUUUGUUAUUAAUAUUAAAGAUGGAAUUGUGAAGGUCUCUGGCUCUUUGAGGUCUGGGGCUGAGACAGUAUGUCAAUUUUUUAAAAUUGCACCAUGCUCCAUACUAUGGGCCGUCUACUCCUUGAAUGAGAACAAGAUAUUUUUGCUGUUGAACAAGGUGGGAACAGAUGUUCACUACAUUGUGGCAUACUACCGAGUAAAAGAAUAUUUUGAGAUGGUUUAUGAGCUCCCUGAGUUGGUUCCCAAAGGCUCUGAUAAAGGGUUUGUGAUGUUGCUGGGACUUGAGCCAUACACAAAUACAACCCUCAUACCAAGAGGUUUGGCUUUAAACCCCUUCAGUAAGAUGUUUUACAUCUGGGGAAAUGUUAUCUUGGAAAGCAAUGACAUGUGGAGUUACAUAUAUCUCUCCAACUUCCCAAGUAAUUCCGCCAUCAAAUACUUUGUUCUGUCAUUUACUGGGGAUAUUGCCUUUGUGACAGACCUAGAAGAGAUCUGGGUUUCCAAAGAAAGUAGCAUAGAAGUUAAAAAGGUAUAUCCGUCAGAAGCCUGGACUGUCUACAACACUCUGCAGGUGAUGAAAGGUUCACCGAACUAUGGGUUGAACUGGAAGCAGUCCUUAGUCACCAUUUUCUUCAACGGAGAGGGGAUGCAAGAGCUGGUUUAUUUGGUAGAUACUAAGGGCAAAGGAAGGUUAGUCAAGAGGCAAUUCCCUCUGGAUUAUGUCCUGACCUAUGACCAGUUGAUAAGCACCCCUAACAAAGAGAUGACAUACAAGGGAUUAAACUACAUCAGAUUCACCCACCUUUGCCCAUUUGCCGUUAUGCGCCUUGUGAACCUGCCUCUCCCACAAGGCUUCACCCGGAUGGAGCAUUACCAGGCUGAGCCUCCUGAGAUCAUGGAGAAAACUGGCUUCCAUGAUGAGAAGUCACUGACUGUGUACCAGGGACUCGUCUACCAGCUGCUCCAGUUGCACUCAUCUUACCACAGAUCUUAUGCUGACCCAGUCCAUGACCCCACAUGGAGAUGGUGGAAGAACAAGAAAGAAGAUGCAGAAUACUACUCCUAUGUGGCAAGCAACUGGAAUUCCUCAGGAGGUAUCUAUGUUGACAUGGCCAACUACAUCAAGAUCUACAACCUGAUGCCCAAUAAUUUAUUGCCUGGCAAGAUCUACCUGGACAAGAAUAAAUACUUCACCUUCUUUGUGUACCUGAGCAUCAGGACGGCCCAACAGAGCAUGGGGGAGACAGCAGCUGAAAAUUCUCUCGAUUACAUGUGGCUCACUGUCAUUUUAGCCCAUCCUGAAUAUCUCCAUGCAAGUCUGCAGAGGAGUGAACUCAUCAGCAGAGGCUCAGUGCUGUAUGCGGUGACAAUUAGUGACAGAGGUCUUUACCCACACCAACAGCUUAGUGGGAAGAACCUUCUGAAGAGUUCUGUCAGCGUACAGGUUGCACAUUCAGGAAUGGACUGCUAUGAAUACACAGCUCAGGGACCACAGAUGAAGGGCAACAUUAUGGUGGCUGUCAACAUUGGAUGCCCCCCAGGCAAGAGGCUAGCUUUUGACAUUACUUUCACUAAGAAUCACACCACCAGCAAGAACAAGCGCUACUUUGACUGCAUCGAUCCAGACCCCGAGAUGCCCUGCUUCUUCUUUAGUGAUGUGUUCUACCCUUUCUUUUUGAUUCAAGACAUGGUGACAGGAGACUCAGGGCGCUUCAAUGGAAGCUACAUCUUCAAAAUCAUUGGUGGAGGAGCGUUUUCAAUACAGAACAUCAAAUACUUCUCCAAGGAAGAGAUCUUUCAGUACAAUACUGUGAAUGGCAGCGAAACGUCAAGUCUGAUCUGGCUUAGGGCUGACACUGAAGCAACAGUUAGCCUCGAUGGUUUCCACGUCCUCUCUCAAGCACAAUCUGGAAUUUUGUGGGUUUGCCAGCAGAAGUCUCCAUGCUAUGACAUUGUCCCUCAGGGUUUGAGCACUCCCGAUUAUUACUUUGUGGUGAGGGUAUCAAACAGGGGUGUAGACCAAACCACCUAUUGUGACUACGCCUUGGAAUUCAUUGUCCAUGUCCAUGGCUUGCGUCUCAGCCCCUCCCGGUCCAUCUAUCUCUUGAAGAUUACACUGGCCAUCAUCCUUGGCUUGCUUUUUCUAUAUGUAGCAAUUUACAUCAUGGGCCCCAAGGUAAAGGCCAUCUUCGGCAAAACAUUCCGGAGACUGGAGGAAGCCUUCGCUUUUCGGGCUGAAUCAAGCCUCACUUUCUCAUCUUCAUUCACCAGUCAAGGAUCCCUGCACUAUAUGCCCUCUGAAGUCAGCCGUAACAGCUCGCCACCAUUUACAAUGAAAGGGACCACAGCACCAGGAGCAGCACAAUAACAUCAGCUUCAACAUCUUCCAGGCCUCUUCUGCUAUUAGCCACUUCCUGUCUCUGGGUACACUCUCCCUCCAUGGCUCUGCUUCUUCCGACUGUCUUGCAAAGCCCUGGUCUUUGCUUGCGGUUUCCUGGCACAGAUGAUUUCUGGAAUUAACUAAACAACAGCCAGUUCAUGACAACUGAAUGACUUCUGGAUUACAAUUUUAAAAAAAUGCAGCAUGCUGGGACGAGGCACACAACUUGUAUGAAGAUAAAGCCAGCAAGGGAGUCUGUAGAUAUAGAUUGUCUGUGAGCAAGUCAUUUGGUUGGCCCAUUCACAUGAGGCAUGGGCAUGAGUGUCUGGGAAUUGCUCCAGAAAUCAUCUGUUGUCAGUAAAACUGCUAAGGCUAGUUGGUGGGCGAUAGUUAAAAUCAGGUCAUCUCUGGCUAUCUCACCCUAGGAGAAAUGUCUUUUUCACCAGGGCCUGGGGAAUCCUGAUAAAAGGCUGCAUCUGUCUCUGGUUUUCAGUUUGCUAUUCCCCACACACCUGCAGCCAUCUCAGGCCAAUAUGCAUUGUCCUCCAACUAUAUAUGAAUUGUAUUCCCUUGCCCUGAUGCUUUCUCAGGUUCUGUAUAUCCUCCUGGUGCUAGGUAACUGCCAUGGAAUUAAACCAGGCAGGGCUGAAAAGGUAACAGUUAAAAAACCAAGAACUGAUAUUUCCACCUUAUUAGUGGAAGGUGAUGCGAAUGGCAAGUGCGUGAUCCUCUGUGUAAAAUUUCAGACCUGCUUUCAGUUUAACAACUGUCUGUGUGAAAGCAGUUUGUGAAUGGAUAGAAAGCCCAGCAUUGUAGUUUCUUCCAAUUAUUUCUGCAACCUUCUUAAUAAGGAGGCAGCUGUCCUUUUUACCAGUUUCUUCUUAUCUUUACACUUUCCUCUUAAUGUUGUUGAUAGUUUUCCAGAA